CAACUUAUUACGCUACUAGUUAACUACUACAGCACAACAGAUGCUGUGAGCAUUAUUUUAGCACUGUAUAUCUUAUUUUCUGGUGAAAUAGUCUCGAUCUUUCUAUGCGUGUAACAUUAGCUAGUAUCACCGUAACGUUUAAAUCGCUGCUCACCGCUGUAGCCACAGGCAUCGCUGUUUGAGGAGAGAUCUCUGCAUUUGCAAUGAAAGCCGGCGUGGUCCACUGCCAUUGUUCAAAAUGCUACUCUGUUCCUGCACGGAAGCGGGUCCGUAAGCGAACCCCAGCCCUUACCUUGCUGUCUCUGCCUGAGGAGGUCCUCCUCUGUGUGCUCCAGUGCCUCUCCGCAGAGGACCUGCUAUCUGUCAGAGCAGUUCAUUCCCAGCUGCGGGACAUUGUUGAUAACCACUCUAGUGUAUGGGCCAGGGUCAGCUUCAGAGACACAUGGCCAUCCCCCAGCACCUUAUGGCUAUUUGAAAGAGCUGCCGAGAAAGGGAACUUUGAAGCUGCUGUGAAACUAGGGAUUGCUUAUUUGUACAAUGAAGGACCAUUGUUGAGUGAUGAGGGGCGAGCGGAUGUAUGUGGUCGCAAGGCCUCCCACUUUUUCAGCCAGGCAGAGAGCCUGCGCUCUCCGUUGGCCGAUCCCUUCAUCUGGGUGUUCAUCCGUCCACCAUGGUCGCCCUCCGGCAGCUGCUGCAAGGCUGUGGUGUUCGACCACCUCAAGGCUGAGUGUGAAAACAACAUGGAGAAGAGAGGGCCCUUGCUGCACUGUUUGGCCAGAGUUUUGCAGCUGUUUGAAGACCAUGAAAGACGCUCUGAUGCCAUAUCUAUGUUGGAGCAGUCAUCGCAGGCUGGCUGUCUACAGAGUUCCUACCUGUUGUGGGAGCACAACAGGAAAGCAGCUAUGGCAGAUCCAGGCAGGUACCUCCAGUGUGUUCGAACCCUGAGGGACUAUGCUGGCAAAGGAUGCUGGGAGGCACAGCUGUCUCUGGCCAAAGUGUGCAGCCGUGGGAAUCCACUGGGUUUGGAGUCAAAAGCUUGCUCUGAUUUAGUGGCUCAGCUGUUCAGUUCCUCCAACCCGGCCACACGACCCUGCACUCAGGGCAUCCUCAGACGAGGCAUCAAGGACACCAUGAGGUACAUCCUGGUGGACUGGCUUGUGGAGGUGACCACCAUGAAGGACUUCUCCAGCCUGACGCUGCAUGUGACGGUGGGUUGUGUGGACCGCUACCUGGCUCUGCGCUCUGUCCCCAAGGCCCGCCUGCAGUUAUUGGGCAUCGCUUGCAUGGUUGUUUGUACACGGUAUAUCAGUAAAGAAAUCCUGACCAUACGUGAAGCUGUCUGGCUCACAGACAACACCUACAAAUAUGAAGACCUGGUGCGAAUGAUGGGAGAGGUUGUAUCUGUGCUGGAGGGAAAGAUCAGGAGCCCCACACUGCUAGACUAUGGGGAGGUGCUGCUGUCUCUGCUUCCUCUGGAGAGGCGGACCACUCACUUAUUCAGCUACAUCUGUGAGCUGUUGCUGCUCUACUCUGCUCUCACCGCACCACCGCCUGCCAAACUGGCGUGCGCCGCACUACUGCUUACACGUGCACUACAUCACUAUGCUCCCCUCUGGCCCAGCCAGUUAGUUGAGUACACAGGCUUCUCCAAGCAAGACCUCGUCUCCCUUUCUGUGCUGCUCUACGUCAAGUGCUUCAGUCAAGAUGUUCCCAAAGAUUACAGGCACGUGUCUCUUACUGGCGUCAAGCAACGGUUUGAAGAUGAGGCCUACCAGCAAAUCAGCAAAGAAAAGGUGAUGGACUUUAAAGAGCUGUGUCAGAUCUUGGAGAUUCCUGAAGUGGAGCCUCAGAUGGAGCCUCCCAGUCCCACUGGUCAACCAGCAGACAUCCACACCUUCCUGGCUUCUCCAUCAAGCACCAACAAGAGGAGACGCGAUGACGCCAUGCAGGCCCACAGAGGGAGCUUCGUGGCCACGCCCACAGCAGAGCUGUCCAAUCAAGAGGAGACGCUGCUGGGCGACAUCCUGGACUGGAGCCUGGACACUUCCUGUUCCGGUUAUGAGGGGGACCAAGAAGAGGAGAGCGAAGGAGAAAAAGACUGUGAUUCUUCUAUGAUAUCCAUCAAACUGCACUCGCUGACUGAUGAAGACAAAGGACUGGAGUACUGCAGAGCCCUGUCCAGUGAUGAAGACAGCUUCUGUGAAGCCGAAAAGCAAGUGAGCAAGGAUUGGAAAGGUCGGGAACCUCUUUCCUUCUCUUCAGGGUACUCCUCCGUCCAGAGUGUUAGCCCCUCAUCCACGUGCUCCUCCUCCUCCUCCUCCCCCCUCGUGCCUUGCACAUUCAAGACCUUUACCACGUCCCUGGGCACAGCCUCCGCCAGUGCCCAGCCAGGCUUCCGACUUUUGGUGCCCAUGCAGAGGCCCCGGGGCACCUCCAGCAAACAAGUGAAGAGGAAGAACUCGGCGGCACAUAGCGGAGGUGAGGUGGAAAGAGAUGAGGAGGAAGGGGGUGGAUAUGAGCGUACUGCCAAUGCAGGGUUUCUGAGCUUAUAGACAGUGGUUGCUUGACUUGCUGUUCAGUGACCACCCGCUCAGUUAUUAUCCCCCAGCACUUUGUUCUUGAUGCUGUGCUUCACUCCUGUCAGUCUGCAGUGGUCCAUCAGUUGCCAAAAGAUCAAGAGACUUCAAGCUCCCAGACAGUAAAGGAAAAUAUAGAGUAUAAAUAUGAAUGACCUAGAAACUUGCCUUUCUAGCACAUUACAUUUCAGUUACAUGUUUACAGGCAUGACUCAGUUAAAUACCUCCCGUAAACAAAGACUCAGCUCUGAAACCACUGGAACAUGACUUGACUUUCCUCAGGACCCUGGUACAAUUUCUGUCGUUUUACAGCCUUCUACAACAACCUAUCUCAGAUCAUGUUUGAUAGUUGUAAAAAAAAACAAACUCAAGGACUUAUUUUGGAAGGGGAUAAAAAAUCUUUAUUAAGAUCAUAUUGUGGAAAAAGUUUAAAAACAGUUUUCAUGUAAUUGUGAUUGUUUUGGUUAUCGUAGUUUCUGAUAUGCACUGUCUGUACAAGAAUCUGUCUUGUAUUUGGAGAAUGUCAUUUAGUUCAUGGAAAUGUCUGCAUCUGAAGCCUAAAAAAAUAUGGGUGUAUGAAUUCCUCUUGUUCAUUUUUUUUUUUAUACUUGUGUGUUUGCCAAAGGUACUUUGGUGGUGUCAUUUGUGUUUUCAGGGGCAUCUACUUAAAGAGAAACAGAGCUGUGAAAUGAGUCUUUCAGUAGUCUGCAUCUUUCAGAGUUUUAUACAUGUACACUGUUCAUAAUAUUUUGAAAGACCUGUCGAACACUUAUCCCAUCAGGAACAGCAGAUAGACAUUAAGAUGUUAACUGUUGACUAACCAAGAAUCACCAGCUGGAUGACUAUUGUACAAACCUCAGCUCAUCAUCUAGAUGUUUGUGCUGCACAGUCAUUUAACUAUUCAGCUCAAAUGCAAUGAGGCACUUUUACCAUCACAGGAGCGCAAUUCAAUGAAAUGUAACAUUACAACGCUUGAACAAUCAAUGAUACAGUAUUUUGAAAUUGAUUUGCUUUGCCUUCUUAGUGCGAAAGGGAAGUUCAUACACUAAUAGAAAAUUACUUGAUGGGCUAUUUGAAAGUGUGUAUGCCUCAUUCAGCACACUGAGUGCACAAUAUCUAAUGAUUGUGACCGACUGUAAAACAUUUUUAAACUGUUACGCCAGACUGGUUAUUUCCUGUGUUUUAUAAAUGUACAUAGUACUAUUAUGUAUAAAUGGAGAAAGACAAAGAGCAUGCCACUACUUGAAAUUGUUUUUGCUUCAUUCCAAAAAGGCAGUUUUUGUGAAACCUGUUUUUCUCCAGUACAGUGUUUUCUCAAUAGACCUGUGAUGUGAAUAUGUAAUUUUGUAUUACUAAGUUCAAAUAAAACAAGCCAU